GCAAUCAUGCCAAAUUCGCCACCCUCCACGAUGAUGUAUCGCUUCCACAACGUUAACAAAAAACGGCGAACAGAGUCUACAAGGCCAAGAGCAGCAUUAUGCGCUGUGAAGAAGGCUCGCCGGACCUUUCCGCUGAUGGACCUUCCGGAUGAGCUUUUGCUCCUGAUUGUGGGCUUUGUCGACAACACACAUGCACUCUACAUCCUGUCUCAACUGGCGCGGCGACUGCACACCAUGUCCGUCAAUGCGCUUCUUCGGAUAAACGGCGUGCCAAAACCCACGGAAGCUUGUGUUCUGCGCCUGAGUGGCGGGAACGAUCGUAUACCGGAUGCCCUCACAGCACUACGCACCGCUGUCGCUAUCACCGAGACCAAGCGGCUCGAUCUAACCUUCGAGGCGAAUGCGAAAGCCCAGUUCAACCCUGUCCAUCUCCGGCGGGUUCGGAGGGUGCUCUUGAAGCUCGGCGGGGUGGAAGAUCUCGCCGUCCGCCUACCGUAUGGCGCGAAGGUCCAAUCUGCCGCCCAGCUCAAGGCCUGGAUGCAGGGCUUCAACGAGAUUAUCCGGCUGGUCGCGGACAAAGGGACUUGUCGCUCUCUUGCCCUGGACUGUGGCUUCUUCCCGACUGGCUGCUUGAUUCCCCCACCCACGAACCCACUGGUCAUCCGCACACCGCUACGGCUCACGACCCUGGCUCUUCACGGAAAUCUAUUCCUCUCUGUCCCAACAUAUGAGAUGAUCGUACAAGUCAUGCGUCACUCACCUCAGCUCGAAAGAAUCGCGCUCAAGAAUGUCAAAGACGUCGGGGACCUAGGAAAGCGGCGCUUCUUUGAGGAAGUCGAGCGCGGGGCCCUGUCUGUCACGGAGUUGGAGUUGUCCGAUUGCGGCCCCAUCGUCUUGCCUAAACUCGCACCAAAGUUGAGCGCACGCCUCACUUUCCUCCACGCUUCCAUCGAUCAAGUCUUCGAAUUCCUUUCAAAAAUCCCCGUGCCUCCUACUGCGCGCGAACAUCCUCUGCGCAGACUCUCCCUCGAAUGUCCCGUUCUGGUUCUCGACAGUGCUCAGAAGACCGUACUCGCUGACGCUCUCGUCUACCUGCGCCAGCUCGCGACAGACAAGCGCAUGAACCCUUCUUGGGCUAUGACGUUCAAGUACAUGGGGUGCGACAUACUGGACACACAACCAAUGAUGUACGACCACAGUAAUGAAUGCCCAAUGGACUGGAGCGGCUGCGACACUAUCACCAUCGCCAGCAAACUCAACCUCGUUCCGGAGGCAUACUGGGCACCGUGCCUGCAUCCCUCUCUGAUUCCGGGCUGGUUAGGCGCUAUGAAGGAUCUCAAGACGGUCAGGCUUGAAGGAUUUGAAGACCCUUCCAAAGUCAACCCAGAGCUUGUCCACGAAGUUGUUGCGAGGAUCAAGUUCCUGCAGAACGACGUCAAAGACGUAUACAUUGGGGAGCGGCAUUUUACUUAGAUCGUCGGUUCAUAAAAUAAGUAUGUCUAUGCGGGCACUAUGGCUUAUGCAAGAGGUUUUGUCGAAUGUCGCC